AAUAGCAAGUGAAAAAAAAGAAGACAAAUAGUGUAUGAGGGACAAGCAUUAUUUUCACGAGGAAAAGGAGUGAAUCCAGACAGAGAAAAUCUAGACAGAGAAUAUCUAGAGAUACUUAUUUCUAAGAUUAGACCCAAAAAAGAAAAAAAGAGAGAGAAAUAGAAAAAAGUUUCAAUUGAAUGAGUCGGUAAUCGGUAAUCUCUGAUCUCUCCCCCUUUCCACCACUCUCAACUCGUGUCGUGAACAGUGAACCCAAAAUUCCAAGAUUCACAGGCAAAACCCCAUCAUCAAGUGAAGACCAUGUCGUCGUCAACUCCACCUCCAUCCCACAACCAUAAGCCCUCAAAUGAAACCCAAAAUCAAGAAUCAGAGAUGAAGAAACCAAGUUUCUUGCACCCCCAGAAACCCACGUGGGUGCUCCCUUACAAAACCCCAUUUCUGAAGAGCCUCUACACCAUCGGCAAGAAGCUGGGGCAGGGGCAGUUCGGGAUCACCUUCCUCUGCACCGAGAAAUCCAGCGGCACCGAUUACGCCUGCAAGUCGAUUCCCAAGAAGAAGCUGAUUUGCAAGGAGGAUUACGAGGAUGUGUGGAGGGAGAUUCAGAUAAUGCACCAUUUGUCGGAGCAUCCGAAUGUGGUGAGGAUAAAGGGCACCUACGAGGAUGCGCUGUUUGUGCACAUAGUGAUGGAGCUGUGUGCGGGCGGGGAGCUCUUUGAUAGGAUCGUGCUCAAGGGCCAUUACAGCGAGAAGGAGGCCGCCAAGCUCAUCAAGACCAUUGUCGGAGUCGUGCAGAGUUGCCACUCCUUGGGGGUUAUGCACAGGGAUUUGAAGCCCGAGAAUUUCUUGUUUAUCAGUGCUGAUGAGGAUGCUGCUCUCAAGGCUACUGAUUUUGGCCUCUCUGUCUUCUACAAACCAGAUGAAACUUUCUGUGAUGUUGUGGGAAGUCCUUAUUAUGUUGCACCAGAGGUUCUGCGCAAGCAUUAUGGACCUGAGGCAGACGUAUGGAGUGCCGGAGUUAUUUUAUAUAUUUUACUCAGUGGUGUACCACCUUUCUGGGCUGAAACUGAGAUGGGAAUUUUCCGUCAGAUAUUAAGGGGGAAACUAGAUUUUGAUUCCGAGCCAUGGCCUGCGAUUUCGGGUUUUGCCAAGGAUUUGAUAAGAAAGAUGCUCGAUAGAAACCCAAAGACAAGGCUAACUGCAUAUGAAGUUCUGUGCCAUCCUUGGAUUGUCGAUGAUACAAUGGCUCCUGAUAAGCCUCUUGAUUCUGCUGUUUUGUCACGCCUAAAGCAGUUUUCUGCAAUGAACAAACUUAAGAAGAUGGCUUUACGUGUAAUAGCGGAGAGAUUAUCUGAGGAGGAAAUCGGUGGCCUCAGAGAACUGUUCAGAAUGAUAGAUACAGACGAUAGUGGAACCAUAACCUUCGAUGAACUCAAAGAGGGUCUAAAGCGAGUUGGUUCUGAGCUGAUGGAGUCUGAAAUUAAAGACCUUAUGGAGGCGGCUGACAUUGAUAACAGUGGAACGAUAGAUUACGGGGAGUUUCUUGCAGCUACUGUACACUUGAACAAGUUAGAAAGAGAGGAGAAUCUGCUUUCAGCUUUCUCCUUCUUUGAUAAAGAUGGCAGUGGUUACAUAACCAUCGAUGAGCUUCAACAAGCCUGCAAAGAAUUUGGUCUGAGCGAACUUAAUCUUGAUGAGAUGAUCAGGGAGAUUGAUCAAGACAACGAUGGGCAGAUAGAUUAUGGAGAAUUCGCGGCCAUGAUGAGAAAAGGGAAUGGAGGAAUCGGGAGGAGAACCAUGAGGAAAACUAUAAACUUGGGGGAAGCACUGGGGUUAGGGGUUACAGAGAAGAAAGGAGGCAACUAACGAAGCUAAUUGGUUCAACUCUCAUUUCCUUUCCUUUUUUGUAGUUAUCUAGCUUCACUUUGGUGUGAAAUUUCAACAUCCUAAUUGAGAAUAUAAGCUCAUCUUGCCCCCUACACACACCUAAGCCUAGCAGCAGCAUUGGCUAAUAGUUGUUACUCCCUCUCAACCAUGCUGCCAAUUUGUACUCACAUACAAUAUAUAAUCAAAUGCAUAUGAGAUUAUAUUAA